UGUAGCACCAAAAAUGAAACAAUCAGUACUACAAUUUGGUAGCAUUUUUGAUACAAAGUAAUUUUUUCUUUUUAAAAUUUUGUGUAAAUGACAUCUAAACAAUAAAUCUAAAUAUUUCUAAUCAGUUUUUAUGAGAUAAUAUUUCUUAAAUUUUUUGGAUACCUUACUUGUAUUUAUAUAAAAGUUUAAAUAAAUGUAAAUAAAAAGUACAUUGUUUAAUUGAAAAGUUUUACAUCGCGUAAAUAAAAAUUAUCUUGGAAAGAGUAUAUAGUGAAAGAGAUAAGAAACUGAUUACCUCAAUAUAAAGGAAGUUUCUCAAUCAAUAUGUCAUAUCAAAGUCUCUGUGAAUACGGAAUGAAGUGGUUCAUUAUUUUGGCAUGUUUUGUGACUUCGCAAGUCGCCCAUGGGGCAAACGUUCACUUUAUUCAAGAAGAUAUUGGUGAAAAGGAAGUCAAAUUACCACUGGAACUAAUAGACGAAACUGUGAAGAGUUGUAAUGUAACGACAAAUAAAGGAGAAAAUAAAACGUUAAUAAUUAAUAAAACUGAGUCUUCUAUAACUUUUAAAAAAAAAGAAGAUUAUGGAUAUGAAAUAAUAAUAAAUAAUCCUACUGCUGAAUUAAAUGGAAUAUGGAAAAUAAAUGUUGAGACUAAAAAAGAAAGAGUAGUAACUGAAACAUUUUAUAUUCAAAUUAAAAAUUUGACAGUCAUCGAAAAAACCGAUAAUAUCAAUGAUAUUAAUAUCUAUGAGGGUCAAUAUGCAAUUCUUAAAAUGCCGUUUCCUUUCAAUAAUUUAGAAAUCUGCUUACUUCAAGUCGAGCUUGAAGAUGAGACAUUAAUUUAUGAUAUUUCAUCGAAAGAGAACACUCCUUUAUCGAUAAAUCAAUCUAACGAGUGUGGUGUACAAAUUCUAUAUGAAGAAGCAAAAUUUGGUUAUAAUUUGAAUCUUUAUGCUUCAGAUAUUAAUAGUCAUGAAAUAUACGAAAUGAUAUUUUACUUACGACCUAGACCAGUGGAAAAAAAUGAUGAGUCGCAAUCGAAACAUUUUCAACUCGGUAAAAAGAACUUAAUAAUUUUUCCAAAAGAAGAAAAUUCACCGUUGAAGAAAAAAAUAACAUAUUGUCAACUAGAAGAUCCCAAAAAAAAUAAAUUGCCAAUACAGGCUAAAUCAUGUUUCUAUGAAAUUCCAUAUGUUACAAAAUACCAUGAAGGAUCUUGGACAAUACAUUACGGUGUUAUAGGAAGCACCUCUUCAAUGAAAACUUAUGUAAAUGUUACGACUUAUGAUCAAUUAACUUCAUCCGUCACUCAUUAUCCAGAGAAUAAUUUAACAAAUUUAUUAUGUCAAGUGCGAGACAAGUGGACAAAUUUUGAAAACGCACUAAAAUAUUGCCUUUUCACUAGGCCUGAUAAUUUUACAUUUAGUAUUACUUAUGGAAUAGGAAACGAGAAGUAUCAAUAUUAUGGAAAAGGUGAACAAAAAGGUAGUAAUAUAAAUUCUCUGAAUAUUUACGACUGUGGAAUAACUAUAAGAUCACCAUCAAAAGAAGAUUAUGGUCCAUGGAAAUGUACUAUUAACAUAAAUGAUAAAAUAGUUGGCACUAUUAUUAAUGUUCAUAAUUCAAGUAAUCAAAUCGAUUUGCAACAACGAAUUACAAAUAUAAAAACAGACAAAGUUUAUGCACAGAAAGGACAUUCGUUCACACUAAAAUGUUUAGCAGAAGAAGCUCUAGAUUACUGUUGGCUAUUAAGUCCUAGCGGAACUAUAUACACCGUAUCUAAAAACGGAAGUUCACCGACAGAACUUACAUACAAAGGCUCCGGUUUAGAGUUUGGCGAAUGUGGAGCCGUUGUUGAAGUUGCUGACAACACGCACGAAGGUGAAUGGAGCUGUCGCAUGGGUGUUUUAAUUAAGACUGAAAUGUCAUCUCGUAUUUCUGUGACAGUAACAGAUUCUCUACUAAUUGCUGAUGAAAAAACGAUUGACAUUACACACAAAAGUCCAAUAAUUCUAAAUUGCCGCAUCUCACCAGGUUAUGAUAAUAAGAUCAAUUAUUGUCGUUGGAUAAGACCUGAUGGUCUUGGAAUUUAUAACAAUGUAGAUAAUAAUUACGUGACUAAUAAAACGUUAUCAACUUGUCAACUAACAAUCCAAGAAAUAGAUAUGAAAUCCGACAUUGGUUCUUGGUUUUGUGCAGCUGGUAUUUCAGGACAGGAAAUGAAAGAAGCAACAACUAAAAUUGAAAUUAAAUAUUCCUAUAUAGGAUUGGGUGGCAUUGUCUCUGUAAUCCUUGCAAUUGUUCUUUUAGUGAUUACAACAAUAACUCUUUUCGUCAUUAUUGUCCGUAAACGUAGAAAUAGACAACUAAAUGAAAAAGUUUUUCAAUACAAAUAAUAAUCUCUAAAGUGCAUAAUAAAAAAUUGCAAUGGCAAAUAGAUGACAAUUAUCUCGAUUAUAUUUAUUUCGAAAUUUAGGAAAAUUAAUAUUACUUUUUCAAUAAAUUGAAGAAUUGGAAAAAUAAUAAAGCACAGUUGUUAAACUUAAAA